UUUAGGCUGAAACAUGUUUGAUACAGCCUGAAGCCACAGCUAACAACCAACAGCGGGCAAUGGCGGCUGAGGUACAAACACGAGCCGCUCGCGGCACAGAUAUGCGCAUGUGCCGCCUGUCGCCUUUCCCGCCUUACUCUGGCGACCCCGGAUCUUUGCAGGCAGGGAGGAAUAAGGAGGAAGAAAAAUUCGUUAUGGCACCAUCCGGAAGGAAGCAUUCAGGAAAAGCUGGUAAAGCAGCACAGGAAGAGCAAGCCAGAUCUGCCUAUGACUUUCAGGAGGAAAGAAAAGACCUGAGUGGAUCAGAGGAAGAUAUUAGAGAAGGCGAAACACCAGUAAUGGACAAGCAUGGCAAGAAAAGACCUAUGGUGACUACUCAUGUGGUUCCAGAUGAUGUGGGGGGUGAAGUACAGAAUAUGCUGGAAAGAUUUGGAGCUGACAUUAACAAGGCUCUCUUAGCCAAGAGGAAAAGGUUAGAAAUGUAUACAAAAGCCUCACUCAAAACCAGCAACCAGAAGAUUGAACAGGAGCAGAGGCAGAAGCUCAAUCAUGAGUUCUCCCAGCAGUUCCUGACUGUAUUUCAGCAGUGGGAUGCAGAUGUGCAGAAAGCAAGAGACGAGCAGGAAGAAACUAAGCGGCCCUGCAACAUGUUCCGUCAGCAACAAAAAGUUUUUCAGCAGGCAAGAAUAGUUCAGAGUCAGAGACUGAAAACUAUUAAGCAACUAUAUGAGCAAUUCUUAAAGAGCAUGGAAGAGCUAGAGAAAAACAAUGAAAAUCUUCUUGCUGGUGCACAAAAUGAACUUCGCAAGGAAAUGGCUUUGCUACAGAAGAAGAUUAUGAUGGACACUCAACAGCAGGAGAUGGCAACUGUUCGCAAGUCUCUUCAGUCCAUGUUAUUCUGAUGGCUCAAUGGAGAAACAACUUGUACCUAAGUAACACGAUACAAGUAUAGGCGUUAGCCAUAAAGAAGUUAUCUUAAGAUUUAAGUGUUUUAAAGUUCCUAUUAAAUACUUCAGUGGAUUGUUCUAAUGUUCUAAUCUUGUGUCUGAUAAUGUUGUAAGAAGGUAUAUUAGUAAAUUUGUUACUAAGGGGAACGAACCCCAAACCAAUUA